AGUUUCUUUGACUACGGCGCCGACUUGCAAGCGACAACGAGAGCCUCAAUAGCCCAACAAGCGACAAUCGAUAUACGGCCACAGUCACAGCCCUCAUCGAAUCCUUUUCCACUUGCGAAUCAUCAGCAGUUGAGAAACACCGCCAAAAUGAUUAUUCCCGUUCGCUGCUUCUCCUGUGGAAAGGUCACCGGCGACCUCUGGGAGCGCUACCUGAAGCUCAUCGACGACGGCAUUACUGAUGGCGACGCGAUGGACCAGUUGGGCCUCAAGCGUUAUUGCUGCCGCCGCAUGGUCAUGACUCACGUCGACCUUAUCGAGAAGCUCCUGAAAUACACUCCCGACGGUCGCAACGAAAAGAAGAUGUCCCUGAACCCGUAAAUUAGCCCAGAAAGGACAUUACGAAUGGAGUUUUGUGGAAUUAGGCGCAUUGCAAGGCGUUAGGGAACCGCACAAGGGUAGAGCGUCCAGCGCCGGGAACAACCAGUCGGGCACUUGCGCCAUGGGAGACUCAGAUCACAGGCCGUUGAGACGACAGUCGAUUUGCACCGUUAUUGAUCCCACACUAAACUGCAACGUCUGCAGUGCAGGCAUCAUGAAGGACCAUGAAAAAACGAUACCUACUCUAGUCAGCGUCGUGGUACAGCCCGGCGCCAAUUGGAAUUCGCCAAUGGAAUUCCUGGUGGAUU